UAUCUCUUUUUUUUGCACCUCGUUCUUCAAUUUGGGUACCAAUACAGAGAGAGCCAUACUGGAAUUCCUCCGCUGCACCACCAAGUUGUGACAUCAUAUUUUUAUACAAGAGCACGUGGGUGGCAAGUCGCGCAUUUGAUAGGUCUGCGAUCAAACCAUCCAAUCGAAGUGCGGGAAGAUAUCUGGCAACCUUGGGAGGUUACCCAGGUUCUCUAGCCGGAUCAAACUCUCCGGCAAUUCAUGAUAUCGCGUACUUUCCUGGUCUCACAACAACCUAUAUAGGCCCGCCGGAACUGCCUAUUCUUAAUUGAAGCAACUUUAUCUCAAUCUCGGAUUUGACGACAUCAUACGGCCAUUUGCACUUAUAGCACACACUCGGUUUAUACCGUCCAACCGACACGACGAUGCCAGAAGAAAACUUCUGCAUGUUGCAGGGCUUCGAGUGGAAUGUCCCUGCCGACCAAAAGCACUACCUCCGCCUGAAGAAUGCGUUGCAAAAUCUGAAGGACACGGGCAUCGACAACAUCUGGCUCCCCCCAGCGUGCAAAGGUGCUGGCGGCACCCAAGCUAAUGGCUACGAUGUAUACGACCUGUAUGACCUCGGAGAGUUCGACCAAAAGGGCGGCAAGCCCACGAAAUGGGGUUCCAAGGAGGACCUAGUCGCAUUAAGCGAAAAGGCGAAGGAGAUGGGCAUAUCGCUGUACUUCGACGCCGUGCUAAACCACAAGGCUGGCGCCGAUGAGAAGGAGAUGUGCCAAGUGCAGGAGGUUGAUACGUCAGAUCGAACCAAAGACUGUGGCGAGCCUCGCGAGAUGGAAGCUUGGCUUGGCUUCAACUUCCCCGGCCGCGACAACAAGUACAGCAGCCAGAAAUACCACUGGGAGCACUUCUCGGGGACCGACUACGACGCGGGCAACGACAAAACGGGCAUCUACCGGAUUCUCGGCGACAAUAAGUAUUGGAGUUCGUCCGUGGGCAAUGAGUCGGGCAACGCUGACUUUCUCAUGUUUGCCAACGUCGACUAUUCGCACCCGGAAGUCCAACAGGACGUGAUUAAUUGGGGCUCAUGGGUCGUAAACGAGCUACAUCUUAAGGGGUUUCGCUUCGACGCAUGCCAGCACUUCUCGGAGCGCUUCACUAACAACUUCGUCGCCAGUCUGGAGAAGGAGUUUGGCAAGAAAGCGCUGUUUCUCGUGGGCGAAUUCUGGAGUGGCGAUGUGGACGAGAUGCUCAAAUAUCUCGAUCAGAUGCACCAUAACUUCUCCCUUUACGAUUCGCCGAUGGUGUAUAGGUUCUCCGAGAUUUCGCGGACGGAGAAGGCAGACUUGCGGAAGGUGUUCGACAGGACUUUGGUGCAGGCUCGUCCCGAGUCAGCGGUGACAGUGAUUAUGAACCACGAUACGCAGCCGGGCCAGACGGUGGAGACGCCCAUAGAGGGUUUCUUCAAGCCGCUGGCUUACUCACUGAUUCUACUUCGAGCCCAGGGGUACCCAAGCAUCUUCUAUGGCGACUUGUACAGCAUGAAAGGCGAUAACCCGGAGCCUCCUGCCUGCGGCGGGAAGCUGCCUGAUAUCGUGCUUGCGCGCAAGUUGUAUGCGUACGGCAGUCAGGAGGACUAUUGGGACGAUCCGAAUUGCAUUGGGUUUGUGAGACGGGCCACCGAUGAGCAUCCCGAUGGGUUGGCGUGCAUUAUGAGUAACGCGGAGGCCGGAGAGAUUAAGAUGGCGGUGGGGACUAUGCAUAGCGGGGAGAUAUGGACUGAUGUGCUUGGGUGGCACACAGACGAGGUCCACAUCGAUGAAGAUGGAUAUGGUAUAUUUCCGUGUGCCGGGGUCUCGGUGUCCAUCUGGGUGAACAAAAACGCUCCUGGACGGGAGAGGUUCGGGAAAUUUGACGAUGAUAUUUAUUCCAACGCAUAGACACUAUGUCGUGGGCUUGUUCCACCUAAAGGGCAGGCGGUUUUGGGGGCAUAGUAGAGGGCACUGGUUAUUUAGACGAAAUUUUGAUAUCCUUUCCGAUUAGACGACAUGGGACAUUAUGUGAUAUAAAUCACUACAACAUAUUGGUUCAUUCCAUCCAAAAUGUACACCAUUUUACGAAACACUACAUAAUACCUUUGCUACGAGUAUAGAAAUCGACUACGAGUCAGCAGUACUAUAAAAGAAG